AAAGGAGAUAAUGUGUUAUUGUAGAAUUGGUACCUCUUAGGGGUGAAAAAAAUUCAAGCCUUACCCACACAGCAGGAGCUUGGUACAUCUUAGGCAUUCUUUUUAAAAUUUCUGACCAGCACCCCUGUCCUGUUUUCAUGGGAGUCCCCCCCAGGACAGUGAUGUGUACAGUUGAGCAUUGCUUUCUCAAAUUCAAAUCAUUUUCCCUUGGACAUGCUUUUCAGUCAUUUUUGAUCAGCUGUUAGUUUUUUCCCUUGACAGCUCGAGGUAGUAGAGUUCAACUGCAUUCCCUGUGUUUGUUUUAUUUCAUCAGAGGAUGGAAGCACCGAAAAAAGGGAGGCUCCUGACUUUUAAAAACAAGACAUUUAAGAUGUGGAGAAAGAGACGACAACGUCCAGCUCUUGAUAAAAAGAGCGGAGUAAAGGAAACCCCAAAUUUACAAAUGCCACCCCUGUCGACAUCUGAGGAGAGUGAAAUGUCUAACUGUGAGACCACUGUGGAUCUGCCUAAACCACAAGAUGAUCAAAGUAUAGGCACAUCUAUAAAAGAACAGAGCUCAACAACUUCAGAUAUAACAUGUGUGGAUAUAACUUCUGUCUAUAUGACCUCAGCAGACAGCGAGAAAAGACUCAAGGAUAUGUCCAGUGAAGGACAAAAACAACUGGUUGUUUGUUUACAACCUAAUGACGUCCUUGGAAAUGACUAUAGAAGAUUGGCUGAUAAAUUGGGAUAUAGGAAUGAUUAUAUCAAGUAUCUAGGAAGUACAGAUGAACCAGUAAAAACAUUAAUUAAGGAAAAAGGAGACAUGAAAAUUCUGGAGUUGAUUCCACUGUUAGAAGAUAUGGGGAGAAACGAUGUGGUGGAAGAACUUCAGAAAAGUUUAAAGGCGACCUCUACUCCAAAGCAAAUAGAAGAGCGAGUAAGGAGACGCGAAAACAAACUGAUGACAAAUCCAUAAUGAAAUGAAUGAAUGUUAAUUGUAAACCAUGAGGAAUGCACAGACAAUGCAAUUUCUUAUUACUUUCAGGUACAAAGCCAUUUAAACUGCCUUUACUAUAAUUACUAUCGUGAAAUCAGUUAACUACAUGUUUGGUUGACAGCAUUCCGGAAGUGACAUUUGUUCCUAAAAGGAGAUUUUUGCCAAAAGAAAAAUUCUCUACCAUUUGAUUGUAAACUAUGGUGUAUCCAUUUCAAAAGAAAUAACAUUCGUUUUCACAUUACAAUUUAGUAGCGGUAUGUUGUAGGAAAAGAAUAGGGAGUUAAUUUAAUUUACAAAAGCUCGCAUUAUUAUUCCACAGAAACUGAAUGCAUGUAGUGGCUGUAUAUUUGUUGCAGCUUUCUCAUGAAUAAAAUUAUAGUUUUCUUUUUCAUUGGCAAUAUUUUGUAGUUCCUAAAGAACAUGUGAAAGAAAUAAAAUACAUUGAUGGUAGAUCGUAAAAGGCGGAAACGCAAACCUCAGACACAUGCAUUAGCAUUUUGUGUUUUUUUUUUUGUACUGUAUUUUCCCGUGUAUAAGUCGACCUUUCAAGACCUAAAAAUCAGUCCAGAAAUUCGCCCUCGACUUAUACAUGGGUCAAAACUUGAGAUCCAAGUGCCAGUCAAAUAAUUAGCAUAAUAAUUGUCUUUCAAUGUUAACAAACGUGAUAAACGGCAGCACAGUUUACAAAGUAUGUUCACUUAGCAAUCUGUUUCUCUAUAUCAGAGCUUCAAGUCAAAAUGCAUCAACAUUUAUCCGUUAAAUUUUAACCUGAAUCUUGUAGACGCUCACUGGCUCAAUUUGUCAUAAAGAACCAAUAUUUUUCCUGUAAAUAAAGCUGUAGUAAAGCCGCUCGGAGAAAACAUCUUCUGUGCUUCAAACUUCUCUGCCUAGUAACCUGUCAGGAUACGAGUGCGAGGACUUCUGUACCAAUACUUGACCGAUUUCGAGGCUUGACUACCACGUUCCCAACACCUGCUUUGCACUUUGUUUAUGGAGUCAUUCUGAAAGGUGUGAGCUUCUUUGGUGUUUUGCCUGUCUUAUAAAGCCACUUUUAAUCUCUUCGCACUUAAAAAGGUUUGUUUGAAAUCCUUAUGUUUGAUUGUUUGAUGUUGUGUUUGAUUUUGUGAUUUUCUUCCAAUCUUGCAAUGUAACUUGAGCUUUAACAAAAAUAGCCUGCUUUUGACUUUCAACAUUUGUAUUUAUUCCCGCUUGUGAUUGAAUUCAAUUGCCGUAUUUAUCACGUCGACACGCUAUGAAAUUUUCCACCAGGCGCGACUCAAAGACUUGAAAUAAACUGCAUAAAUGGCCAAAAAAAAGAAAGAUGAUCAAACCAAUUUGAAUAAGGAAGGUGUAUUUCAGCAUUGAAAUUAUUUUUUUGUUUGCUACGACUUACAUUCAAAUGUAACAUUUUGUUUGGUUUGGUCUGUACAGAAAAUACAAGGAAGAGACUAAAGGCUUCCAAAAUGAUUGAAUGUUUUUGGCCCCCAAAAAAUUUGUGCUG